GAAAGUGAAAGAAGAGGAAAGUAUUUUAAGUGACGACAUUUGGAGGCUGUAAACCUAGGUAACACUGGGUGUUCAAACGGCUGCAUAUUUUUUGUAUCAGCAGAAGCAGAAAGAAGAAACAGAGAUCAGAGUCUCCAGAACCCAGUGGUGUAUCUGAAAAGUGACAGAUCUAUGGAGCAACAUCCUGAUUUCAGUGAUGGACCAGUAACCUCUGACUCUCACAAGGGAGAGACACAGGAGCUGAUCAGAUAUGUUCCAACCUCUACAUCCCACUAUCAGACUCGCAUCAAACAGGAUAAAACUGAAGCAGUCCUGCAGACACACACACUGGAGACUGGAGACCUGCAGAGAGUCAAAGACCAGCACAAAGACAGCAUGAAGAACAAGUAUGAGAGAUUAUUUGAAGAAAAACUUGAAGAGAAUCAAACCCUCCUGAAAAGUAUCUACACACAGAUUUACAUCAUAGAGGGAGAGAGAGAAGGAGUGAAUGAAGAACAUGAGGUUUUACAGAUGGAGAAAACAGCCAGAACACAACACUCACAAGACACUCCAGUCUACUACAAUGCCAUCUUUAAAGCCUCACCUGAACCAGGAUGUGAGGAGAAAGACCAAAUAAAGACUGUUCUUACUAAAGGCAUCGCUGGAAUCGGAAAAACCGUCUCUGUGCAGAAGUUUAUUUUGGACUGGGCCGAUGGAAAAGCCAAUCAGGAUGUAGAUUUCAUGUUUGUAUUUCCAUUGAGAGAUUUGAACUUGAUCUGGGAUCAUCAGUACAGUCUUCACAGACUUCUGCUGGACUUUCAUCCUGAACUUCAAGAUCUGGACUCAAAGAUUUAUGAGGAGUGUAAAGUUGUGUUCAUCUUUGAUGGUCUGGAUGAAAGCAGAAUGACUUUGAUAUUUUCAGAUGCUCAGAAAGUUUCUGAUGUGACUGAGACUUCAUCAGUGGGUGUGUUGAUGUCAAACCUCAUGAAAGGAGAGCUGCUUCCCUCUGCUCUCAUCUGGAUCACCUCCAGACCAGCAGCAGCCAAACAGAUCCCAUCCAAAUACAUUGACCGUCUGACAGAAAUUCAGGGAUUCAAUGAGCCUCAGAAGGAGGAAUAUUUCAGGAAGAGAAUCAGUGAUGAGCAUCAAGCCAGCAGAAUCAUCUCACACAUCAGAAGAGCAAGAAGCCUCCACAUCAUGUGCCACAUACCUGUCUUCUGCUGGAUCUCAUCCACUGUGCUUCAGAAGCUCUUGAAAGAAAAUCUGAGUGCAGAAAUACCUGAAACUUUGACUGAAAUGUAUAUCCACUUCCUGCUGAUACAGAUCAAUAUGAGGAGCCAGAAGAAUGAAGAAAGAGAUCCAGAGAAACUCCUGCAGUCCAAAAGAGAAGUGAUUGUGAAACUUGCUGAAGUGGCUUUCAAACAGCUGAUGAAGGGCAAUGUGAUGUUCUAUGAGGAGGACCUGAGAGAGAGCGGCAUAGACGUCACUGACGCCUCAGUGUAUUCUGGGAUUUGCACUGAGAUCUUUAAGGAGGAAUCUGUGAUUAAUCAGAGGAAAGUCUACAGUUUCAUUCAUCUGAGCGUUCAGGAGUUUCUUGCUGCCUUCUAUGUGUUUUACUUUCAUCUAAAUAUAAUUGUGCAAGGAUUGAAGAAUUUAGCUUCAAUACAAAAUUUGCUUAAAGGUGCAAUAGAUAAAGCCCUUAAAAGUGAGAAUGGACAGCUGGAUCUGUUCCUGCGGUUUCUGCUGGGCGUCUCACUGGAGUCCAAUCAGAAACUCUUAAAGGAUCUACUGACACACACAGGGAACAGCUCAGAGAGCAUCAGGAGAACCACACAGUACAUUAAAGAGAAGAUCAAAGAUGGACAUGGACUCUCCACUGAAAGAUCCAUCAAUCUGUUCCUCUGUCUGCUGGAAGUGAAAGAUCGAACUCUGUCCAGAGAGAUUCAGGAGUUUGUGAAAUCAGACAAAGACUCAGAGAGGAAACUCUCUUCUGCUCACUGCUCAACAAUCGCCUACAUGCUUCAGAUGUCAGAAGAGGUGCUGGAUGAGCUGGACCUCAAGAAAUACAACACAUCAGAUGAAGGUAGAAGAAGACUGAUACCAGCUGUGAUCAACUGCAUAAAAGCUAUUCUUGUUGGCUGUAACCUCACUGCUUUGUGCUGUGAGUGUUUGUCAUCAGUUCUACAAUCUUCAAAUUGUGUCUUGAGAGAGCUGGACCUGAGUAACAAUGACCUGCAGGAUUUAGGAGUGAAGCUGCUCUCUGGUGGACUGAAGAGUCCAAACUGUCAGAUGGAGAUACUGAGGUUGUCUGGCUGUAUGGUUACAGAAAAUGGCUGUGGUUAUUUGUCUUUGGCUCUGAGUUCAAACCCCUCGUACCUGAGAGAGCUGGAUCUGAGCUACAAUCACCCAGGGCAAUCAGGAGUCCAGCUGCUCAACAACAAACUCAAUGAUCCAAACUACAAACUGCAGAUACUCAAUUUUGACCAUGGAGGCCAUUUAAGAAUCACACCAGGACUAAGAAAAUAUGCCUGUGAUCUCACACUGGAUCCAAACACGGCACACACUCGUCUCGUUCUUUCUGAGGACAACAGGAAGGUGACGCGUGUGUUAGAGCAUCAGCUGUAUCCUGAUCAUCCAGAGAGAUUUGAGAACAAUGAGCAGGUUUUGUGUCAAGAGAGUCUGACUGGACGCUGUUACUGGGAGGUUGAAUGGAGUGGAUGGGGUCAUGUAGCAGUGACAUAUAAAGGAAUCAACAGAAAAGGAGGCAGUGACUCUUGGUUUGGAUACAGCAAGAAUUCCUGGAGUCUUUUCUGCACUGGUACUGGAUUUGUUGUCUGGGAUAGUAAUAAGAGCACAAACAUUCCUCCCCUUUCAUUCCACUCUGUAAGAGUAGGAGUGUAUCUGGAUUGGCUGGCCGGCACUCUGUCCUUCUACAGCAUCUCUGACACACACACACUCACACACUUACACACAUUCAACACCACAUUCACUGAACCCCUCUAUGCUGGAUUUAAGGUUUAUGAUGCCUCAGUGUCUCUGUGUCAGAUUUAACAACCUGCUGUGAGAAACAACUAAGACACUACAAAGUGUUUUGUUUCUUUUUGGUAAUCUAUAUGCUAGUGUACAUCUAAACACUGACCAAAUCUGUUUUAUACAAUAUAUACCUUUAAGAUAUGAUAUAUAUUAUACCUUUAUAAAAAAAAUAUUGGAAAUUAGAUCACAUUUAUUUUAAUGGAUAACUGUACAAAUUAUUGGCCACUGGGAUGUUAAGAUCACAGUAAAUUUUUUAUUGGAUGUUCACAGUAUCACCGUAAAUCCAGAUUGAGAGUAAAGUUUUUUUUAAAGGUUUAAAGGGGGGUGUGACCAGAAAACUUUGAGAACCACUGGUAUACACCAUAUACAGAAUUAUUAGGAAAGUUGAUUUUCUGAUCAUAUUUUUUUCAAAGCACAUUUUACCAAUUCCAAACCACAUCAAUCUUACAGAUUUUUUCUUUUAAAAUUAGAUAAUAUUAAUAAAUAAUAUUAAUAAUAAUAAUAAAGUCAAUUAAUUAAUAAUAAUAAUAAUAAUAAUAAAGUCAAAAAUUAUUAAAUGCCCAUGAGAAGGAUGCAUUACUAAUGCAAUACAAGAAAUUGCAAGAGUUAGUUCACCCAAAAAUGAAAACUUUCACUGCUUCAUGAAGCUUCAAAGCUUUACGAAUCUUUUGUUUCGAA